UAUGGAGUUAUGCCGUUUGUAGCUCCUGAAAUAUUAAGAGGAAAGCCUUAUAAUCAAGCAGCAGAUGUAUAUAGUUUUGGUAUGAUUAUGUAUUAUAUUGCAACUGGAAGACAACCUUUUGCCAAUUGUGCUCAUGAUAAUAUUUUAGCAUUAAAUAUAUGUAAUGGAAUUAGACCUGAAAUAAAUGAACAAGAAGCACCAAAAUUUUAUAUUGAUUUAAUGAAAAAAUGUUGGGAUCCCUUUUCAUUCUGAUAAAACUAAAGAAAUUAUUAAGCAAAUUAAAGAAGCAGAAGAAUAUAGAAAAACAAAUGUUUUAUCUACUGGAAAUAGUCAAUCAAUUCAUCCACAAGCUUGUUAUACUUCUCGAUUACUCAAUC